CGAGCGGCCAGCUACCCUAACGUCCUCCUUCACGGCAGCUUCUCUCGUGUCAUAAUGCACGACGUACUGGUCUACGUCUACCACUCCCUCUGAUAUAUGGGACUUUAAUACCAUUUUCUUUGUCUGGCUUUCGCGAUACUAUUGCGCUCACGAUGGAUCUCCAAAGAAAAGAGUACCCGGCAAUGCUGGAAAACCUACAGCCCAGUCAAGCCGUGAACGUCCUCAAUGAUCGCAUUAGACAUGUUAGCAAUGUCAAUACUAGUAUUGCCGAAUGGCUAAAGGAACGCCGCCGGGUCGAAGAGCAAUACGUCUUAGGCCUACGAAGACUCGCGCAAAGCUUACCAGCUGAUUCGGCUCUGGAUCUUGGAGUGUUUACAUCUCCAUGGAACAAGAUCAUCAGCUCAAUAGAAGCCAUUGCCGAAUCUCAUCAUACCCUCGCCACCAAGAUAGAGAUCGAUGUCGAACUGCCAUUACGCGCAUUUGUCAGCACAAACAGAGAGGUCCAAGCCAUGGGCAAUAUAAGUGGCAAUCUUGCCGCCAUGGCGAAAGAGAUCGAUACGGCACAGAAAAAAGCUGAGAAGCUUGAAAACAAAGGAGGCAAGGCGUCAGCCUCCAAAGUCUCCUCGGUAGCUGGUGAAAUCGAAAGCGCGCAAGCUGCAUGGGAUUCUCAAGCCCCUUACGUAUUCGAGCAGCUACAAGCUGUAGACGAGAGUAGACUCAACAAAUUACGGGACGCUCUAACCCAGCUUCAGACGUAUGAAGUGGAUCAGGUGGAACGCAAUCGAACUACUGCUGAGCAAUGCCUAAAUGUUCUACUCGAUGUUGAAACUGCAGACGAGAUCAAAACUUUUUCAAUUAGAGCCACAAGCGAUAUUCCCAGAAUUGAGCGUCAGAGAAGCCGGCCUCAGGGAGGUAGCUCUAUCGCUUCCGCGAGUUUAGCGCCUCCUAUGUCACCAAGUACUCCAGAACAACGCGAUGAUGGUUCAAGCCAUAAAGGCUCCAUUCAAGAACCAAAGUCUAGCAGUAAACCAUCCGGGCUAAAGCGUUUCACCACAGUCCUGGGACGACGACGACAAAGUAUACAUCCUUAUGAAAAGCGCGGACCAUCUCCGGAGCAGAAGUCUUCGGGGAAUCUAGCCUCGUCCUUGUUCGGCAGGCGAAAGGAUAAGGAAGCUCCUCAGUCUCCCGAGAGGCAACGCUCACCAACGCGCCAACUAGCAGAUCUCCCUGAAUCAAGUACAGAACAAGCCCAAUCCCCGGUUGUGCCACACAUCCCGCCAGACAAGACGGAAAGACCAAAUGGCUUAGGCCUACAGAAUGAUACAGACGCCCUCGGAUCCCUCACGAAUGGUGCGGCGACUACGACAUCAAUUCCACGCUUGCAAGAACCUCUGCAACCCAUAUCGCCCUCAUCCACAGUUGCGACCGAUCCACGCAAGGAUUCUGAAGGUUUUACUGUACCAACGGCCGGCUUAGAUGCCAUUUCACAGGCAGAGCAGGAGGCCGCAGGCUUAUCAUUGUCCGAAGACGCUCCUUCGCAGCAGUUCAAAGUAGACAUAAGAAAUGCCCCUAUUCAAGAAGAAGAUGGCGAUGCGAACGCCGCGAUCGCUAACGUUACUAACACAUUACGAGCACAAGCAAUAGGCAUGCCGUCUCGUAAAGCUGGCACAGUACGCGGACGAAGAGCCGGCGACGUCCGUAAUACCAUGUUUGUACCUGCGGGUCAGACUCUACAAAUGAACGAAUCAACUGGGGAACUCUCAAUGCUACCUUCCGCAGCAGUACCUCAACCUACGACGCCUACCAUGAUUUCCUUGCCAACUUCACCACCUAUGCCGUCGAGCCAAGUUUCGCCUUUCAAAAUAUCGCAUCGCCCCCCCUUCCUCAAUGAAGAUCCAGCUGGCUCUGACACACAAUCUAUUAGAUCAGGACGCUCAUUAAGUAGUUCAGCUAGUACAACAGUCAGACACCCCGAACUCCAUGAGCCUGGGCUCAACUCUUCCAUCGUAGAAACCGUCAGCACCUGGUUUGAACGGGGUCAAGUUACCAGAGCAAUGGUCAUUGGCCAGGUUGCACUCGCAUACAAUCCGCCGGAUAUAUCCUCAGGUCCAUUCGGCCAGGAAAGCAUCCGCCUGGAGAACUUUCCUGUUCUUGAAAAGGUUGCCCCAAAUCCAGCAUUCAUUGAGCAACAAGCCGAGCAUCCCGGCAUAUACAACGUCGAUCUCUCCAAAAUUACAAAGACCUCCGUUGCCUUCCACUACCAGGUACACCUCAAUCCCACCAAUCAGUCCUCCUUCUCACCACUCCUUCUAUCCCCCGCCUGGAAGCCAGAACCCACUCAGACCUCCGCCCUACUCAGCUACGGUCUCAACCCCACACUUACUCUUCCGCCCGGUACUUCGUCCAUCACCCUCUCCAACCUUGUCCUCGUUCUACGCCUCGACCCUACCGCCGGCAAACCCACCCACGCCCAAUCCAAGCCUGUGGGUAACUUCUCCAAGGAUCGCAGUCUGAUCUACUGGCGUCUUGGCGACGUCACCCUGUCGGCCGACGCACCCGUGCAACAGCUCCGUGUACGAUUCUUCACAGACGGUGAGGCCAAACCAGGGAAUGUAGAGGCGCGAUGGGAGCUGGAUGACAAUAAAACUCCUGGGAUGGGCAGUGGUCUUAGUGUCUCGUCGAUUGUUGAGGAUGGCGCAAAGGCCACUGAGGCUGAUCCGUUCGCAGAUGAGGACGAAGGGCCGGAGAAGACGAGGUGGAAGAACGUGCAGGGGGCCAAGAAGAUUACAAGUGGAACGUAUAUUGCUUCGUCGUAAGGUUGCCUUUGCAGUCGAAGGAGAUAAAUAUCAAAAUGGAGGUAGGGGUGGAGAGUAUAAAAGGGGCCAUCAAUUGAGCAUUCCGUAUCAUGCAGCUUGACGUAAUGGUUGGAGCGUACAGGGCAGUCAAAGCUACAGAUAUCAUUUCUUAAUGUCAUAGUAGGCAUCAGUAUUAUUAUUUAUGGGACCUGUUGAAAAGGUAGGUCCGCCGACAUAUCACUCGAUACCAUUUCAUAUAAAUUUACCAUGAUUCAACCGCACGAUCUGCUCUCUAGGGAAGUGGUAAGGAUGAUAUUCAAGCAUUGACCAAACGUCGCUGCUUAUGCCUUGGCAGGAAAAGCUA